UAACCACCGGCAGCGAACAGGAGGAAGAAAUGUCCGCGUCUGCUUCACAGUCAGAGCUGAGGCUGGUGGUGCUGGGCCGGGCCGGGGCAGGAAAGAGACCAGCAGUCAACACCAUCCUGGGCCUGCAAGACUCCGAGCAGGGCACAGACGCCCAUGAGUGUAGUAAACACAGAGGAGAGGUCGCAGGCAGACAGGUGGUGGUUGUCACCAGUCCAGCCUGGUUCGGCUCCGACUGCGACCCAGAGGAAAGGAGAAAACACAUCUCCUCCUUCAUCGCUUUAUCCAGCCCGGGGCCACAUGCCUUCCUGCUGUGUGUCCCUGUGAACCAGCCCGCUGACGGAGAGGCCAAGGCGCUGGCUGCCCUGACGACGCUGUUCGGCCCCUCUGCAGUCACCGGAAACACCAUCAUACUCUUCACCCACACGGAGGAGCUGGAGGAGGACGAGCGGCUGGAAGAAUACCUCGUCACUUGGCGCAAAGACCUCCAGGAGCUGGUGGAAAAAUGCGGUGAGCGCUACCACACCCUGGAAACCCGCGGUGGGGAACCGGAGGAGAGGAAAGCUGUGGAGGAGCUGCUGGAGAAGGUUGAGCAGGUAGUGACGGAGACACGACACUUGAGCUGCCCUUUGUACCGAGAGGCCGAGGAGAGAGUGAGAGAGAGGCAGGUAGAGAUAGCGAGAGAGAGAAGAGCAGAGGAGCUGAACGACCAGGUGUCUCCCACAGACUCACAACCAGAGGAAAAUGUUACGGAAGAGGAGAUGGAAGCGGUCCGGGAAGAGGCAGAGAGGAGCGUGGGAGACCUCGACGUGGAUAUAGAUAGUAUUUUCCCCCCUGCCGCUGUCUCAGCCUCCUCCCCCGCUCCCUCUUCUCUGUGGGAGAAGCUGACGAGCUGGGUGAGGUGGCUGACUACACUGGUGAGGAGGGAGGCCUUGUUCGGAGCCCUGGUCGGCCUGUUCGUGGGAGGGCCGUUUGGGGGUAUGGUGGGGGCCACUGUGGGAUCAGUGGCUACCGAGGUGGGGAGAAGGAAAACGCAGAAAACUAAAUAAGAGAUAAUCUCAAAUUUUAAUAUAUUACACAUUAAGUUGCACCUUAAAGUCACUUCACUGUGUUCAGCAAACCGGCGUGUUAUUAAGCUAGGGGCUCACCAGCUAGCACUUAUAAGGAUAGUAUUUAUGCCUGACCUCUACACUAAUAAUUACCACUCUGUAUUAGCUGAUUACUUUGUUAAUGGUAAACAAAUUGUGCUUAAUGGACCAGUAAUAACCCACUGAUAGGAACAAUGUUUGGGUUGCCAGGUUUGAAAAAUCCCUUUGGCUGGUGUUCAUCUUCCUCUGGUAUAAUUUGCUCUGUGUUAUCAGUUAGCUUCUUGAUCCCUCAACCUCCUCAGCCACUAGUUAUUAAUACAAGCUACAAGUCAUAAAU